AUGGAGUCGGCAUAUAUGUCAAUGGGAACCGAGAUGGAAAAGGGUGAAAACGCUCGCCUUUCUUCCUUGAUUGGUGCCAUGGCAAUCGCCGAUUUGGUCAAGACCACACUCGGACCCAAGGGUAUGGACAAAAUUUUGCAAUCUGUCGAUCCCAAUGAUCAGUCCAUUAGCGUGACGAACGAUGGAGCCACCAUUCUCAGCAAAAUUCCACUCGACAAUGCGGCAGCCAAAGUCUUGGUAGACAUGUCCAAAGUUCAAGACAACGAAGUGGGAGACGGAACGACCAGUGUGGCUGUCUUGUGUGGAGAACUCUUGAGGGAGGCCGAACAACUCUUGUUGCAACAAAGGAUUCACCCUCAAACGAUUUGUGCUGGUUGGAGAUUGGCAACCAAGGAGGCCAAGGCCGCGUUGGAAAUCUGUGCUUCAGAUGAUAUUACCAGAGAAGAUUUGGUAAAGAUUGCGUCCACUACUUUGUCGAGUAAGCUGGUGCAUGCUGAAAAGAAACACUUUGCGGAAUUAUGUGUAGCCGCUGUGGAACGGUUGAAGGGAAGUGGCAACUUGGAUCACGUUCAAAUUAUCAAAUUGCCUGGAGGAUCCAUGAGAGAUUCUUACUUGGAAGACGGUUUUCUUCUGGAAAAGUCCAUUGGUGUUGGACAACCCAAGCGAUUAGAAAACUGCAAAAUCUUGCUGGCCAAUACCAGCAUGGACACUGACAAGAUUAAGAUAUACGGGUCUCGUGUGCAAGUGGACUCCCUCAACAAGGUUGCAGAGAUUGAAACAGCCGAAAAAUUGAAAAUGAAGAAGAAAGUGGAUAAAAUCUUGGCCCAUGGAUGCAACGUUUUCAUCAAUCGACAAUUGAUUUACAACUACCCCGAGUCCUUGUUUGCACAAAAUAAUGUCACGGCCAUUGAGCAUGCUGACUUUGAUGGUAUUGAACGACUUGCUGCUGUCACAGGAGGAGAAGUUGUUAGUACAUUUGAUAACCCAGACAAGGUCACUCUUGGAGAAUGUGACCUUUUGGAGGAAAUUUUGAUUGGUGAAUCCAAGAUAUUGAGACUUGGUGGCUGCAAGUCAGGAGCUGCAUGUAGCAUUGUCUUGCGAGGAAGUAGCAAUCAUCUCCUAGACGAGGCGGAGCGUUCGCUUCACGAUGCUCUUUGUAUUUUGAUGGCUACUCUAAAGCACCCAAGACGCAUCUAUGGAGGUGGCUGUACAGAAGUUGCCAUGGCCCAUGCCAUUGAUAAAGCUGCCCAAGAAACACCUGGCAAACAAGCCAUUGCCAUGGCUAGUUUUGCAAAGGCCCUUUUGCAAUUGCCAAUGAUUGUGGCUGAUAACGGUGGAUACGACGCCGCUGAGUUGGUGACCCAACUACGUGCUGCGCAUGCCGCUGGAAAGAAUAACUAUGGAUUGAACAUGACAAACGGUACCAUUGGGAGCAUGGACGAGCUUGGAGUUAUGGAAUCCUACAGAAGUAAGCUGCAGGUAUUGACGAGUGCUGCGGAGGCGGCUGAGAUGAUUCUUCGUGUGGAUGAUAUUAUCAAGAGUGCUCCACGUAGAAGAGAAGAAAUGAUGUAG